AUGUCAGAGCUGAACAAAGAAGAGAUUCUUGGGCUUUGGCGCCUGCGGUCCUUGCUCCACGAGCUGAAGGCUAACCUGUUUGAUGCUUUGGCUCGUGGUGAGAAGUGCAUCCUGAAGCUCGUUGCUGGCUCACUUGACACGCCUCCCAUAGAUGGUGCUUGCUCGGCUAUCGUCCGGGCCUGCCAUGAACACCUCCAGAUCUGCAAGCUGGAGAUAGAAGGCCUCAAAAACUUACCCAUCUACAUGUCGCCGGUCAUUCCCAUGACUGCAGAAGAGUUUGAUGGCUCGGUACUGGACACCUUCUUCCGCAAGGUUGGAAUAGGCUACGAUGUGCUGCUGUUUCUGGACUCCAUUGAGGAGGUCAUGGCUCACUCGGCUCAAAGCCACUCCGAUCCCGACUUCGCUGCUCGAAUUGACGUCAUUCAGGUGACUUGUCCUCCGGCAACAACGGCAGCUGCUACACCAACGGCCGGCUCCUGCGGCCUGCGGGUGAGCUGGGCCGCCUUCGAGCUGCUGGAGAUGUUGGGCAUUCUGGCCUCCAGGUAUGGCCCAUCCCUGUUCCUCGGAGACAUCGAUGGCACAGGCGGUGAGGAAAUAGCCAUGAAGCAGGCGCUGAACUUGGCAGAAAAGGCCAUGAUGAUACUGACAGAGAAUCUUCAUCCCAAGUUGGAGGACAAUCUCUGGAACCAGACGGACAAGGAUCUUGCGUUCGCCAUUGAGGCAGCAGAGACACCGGAGGAGGCUCUGCUUCGAGGUGUGGUUAGCAGCCUGAAAGAGCAAAACGAGAUUCAGCGCACCGAGAUUGCGGCUCUGAAGUGCAGACCCACUAAAGAUUUGGUGGAAGCAGAGGUGCAGACGGAUGCUGUUACAGGAGGCUCUGGGGCAACUGGCCCAGCAGUUGACGACACCUUUGAGGCGCAGCAAGUUCAGCUGGACAUGAUGCACCAGGAGGUCGGCAACAAGAGCCGUGAGCUGCGCCGCUCACAAGAUACUGUGAAAUUGCUACGCUCAGAGCUGGAGCAGCAGCGACAGGUCUCCGAGCAGUACCGUUUGCAGACGGAGAUGCUGGAGGAGCAGCUGCGGCGGACAAACGAGCGGCUAAAGAAGCUGGAGAAGGAGGCGAGGCACACGACCUCGCCAAGUGUUCCGCAAAUCUCCUCGUCCUCGCUGCCGAAGUCGUGGAAGGGUGCGACUGCAAGCGGAUGUUUCUCGGAUGAGGAAGCGGAGGACAGCCCAGCUGAAACACAUUAG